ACUGUGAUCCCUCCCCAACCCGAGUAGAGAUUUCUGACCCAGCUGUCACAGCUCUAAGGGGGCCAAGGUGACCGAGGGAGAGGCCAAGAGAGGCAGGAAGAGUUGGCAAAGGAGUGGUAGAGAAGACAAGGAGUCAGAGCCACGACGGGGGACAGGAAGGGGGGGAGCCGUCUUGAGAUUGGCGCCUGGUGAGCUCUGCCCUGCCCCCUCCAUGCAGUUUCCCAUGGGCCCCGCCUGCAUCUUCCUAAGAAAAGGCAUCGCUGAGAAACAGCGGGAAAGACCCCUGGGACCAGAUGAGAUUGAAGAGCUCCGGGAAGCAUUUCUUGAGUUUGACAAGGACCGAGAUGGGUUCAUCUCUUGUAAGGAUUUGGGGAAUCUCAUGAGGACAAUGGGUUACAUGCCCACGGAGAUGGAACUGAUUGAACUGGGCCAGCAAAUCCGCAUGAACUUGGGUGGCCGUGUAGAUUUUGACGAUUUUGUGGAGCUGAUGGCCCCCAAAUUGCUUGCAGAAACAGCUGGGAUGAUUGGUGUCCAGGAGAUGCGAGAUGCUUUCAAGGAAUUUGAUGCCAACGGAGACGGGGAGAUCACCCUGGGGGAGCUGCAGCAGGCCAUGCAGAGGCUCCUGGGAGACAAGCUCACUCCCCAGGAGAUCUCUGAGGUUGUCCAGGAAGCCGACAUUAACGGAGAUGGCACCGUCGACUUUGAAGAGUUUGUGAAGAUGAUGUCUCGUUGAGGAGGUUCUGGAAUCCCCCGUCACUCUCCACCUGGUCAACAUGGAUCAAGCCCUAGUGGAGGACCACAUCCCCAAGGGCCCUCAAAGGAGAGAGGGUGGGAGACUGGCACUGCAGUGCUAUGGAUUGAGGUUAGACUAGAAACGAUAGCUUUGGUUAUCGUAGGGGUUAGAUGGGGUAGGGGUUACAUCUCUGGAACUAGUUUAAGAAGGAAGAGUCUGCGUGUGAAAAUGUGAACAGAACAGUCUAAUUGCUGCUCCCCAAGUUCCAAAGACUAAUGACAUCUUUUGACUUCUCGUAAUCCUAAAUCCCUAUGACCUGCCAGAGUCUCUUCCCGCAGUUCCUCUGGGUUAAAGUAGUCUUUUCCCCUGUUAGACUCAAAGAGUUCAGCACAGAGUCUACCCUUCCCCCUUCUUGCUUCAACUGCUUCAAAUCUCCUCAGUUUCUUUCUUUCAGUAGAAGGAGGCAUGGAUCAAUCAUGAGGGUAGAAACAGCAUUCUUGAUAAGACUGGGCAUGGAACUGGUUAAUUAAAGAGGCAUCCAAAUGAGAUGACCGCACCCCCACCCUUGA